AUGGUCCAGCUUGCCUCUACCCUUACUCUCGGCCUUGCUAGUAUAGCAAGCAUUGUGUCCGCUCAUCCAGGGCACAAUGUCGAAGCGGAAGCUGCUGAACGUGCCAACUUCCUGAAAAAAGCUCCAAUUCGGUCACGCAGUCUCGCUCACUGUGCCACAAGCUUGAAGGCACGUGGUGUCGAGGACCUCAACGUUGCUCGCCGUGAGAAUGCUGUGCAGCUGCUACGCAGGGACAGGGGCUUGGAUACCGGGGCUCGCUACCUCAAAGCACGGGACCUGGACUCUGUGCUGGCGACGGAUCACCACUCCAAAUUGACUCAUGUUGAUCCUUCCACCGACCCUCGCGUCCUGUUUGGCUCGGAGGGUACAUGUAUUGUACAACCUGAGGUGACACAGGGACCCUACUACAUCGCCGGUGAACUGAUCCGCAAGAAUGUCGCCGAAGACCAGCAGGGCGUGCCGCUGUUCAUGGACAUCCAGCUCAUCGAUACCAACACCUGCGAACCCCUCCCUGAGAUCUACACGGAUAUCUGGCACUGCAAUGCCACGGGUGUUUACUCUGGUGUUGUCGCUAGCGGUAACGGUAAUUCGAACGAUGACAGCAACCUCAAUACCACGUUCCUUCGCGGUGUUCAACCUAGCGGCCACGACGGUGUUGUCCGCUUUGAGUCCAUCUUCCCUGGCCACUACACUGGCCGGGCUAUUCAUAUUCACGUGGUUACCCAUCCUGCUAAUGAGACCAAGAUCUUGCCCAACGGUACCAUUGCUGGCAUGUACGACGGUCACUCCUCGCAUGUUGGUCAGAUCUUCUUUGACCAGGACCUCAUCAGUGAAGUCGAGAAGAACAUCCCAUACUCGACCAACACGCAGGAGUUGACUGAGAACGCUGAUGAUAGCAUCCUUUCAACGGAGGCUGACACCACCGACCCAUUUAUGGAGUGUGUUCUGCUUGGUGACGAUGUCUCGGAUGGUAUCUUCGCCUGGAUUUCAAUCGGCAUUGACGCUAAGAGAGAUGAUUCUCUCUCCCCUGAGGGUUACUGGACCGAGACUGGAGGUGAGGUCAACGAUAACUUCAGCAUGAACAUGGCCGGUAUGGGUGACCUGCCGACGGGCGCUGUCAGCAGCGCUGCUCCUAGCGCUUCUGCAUAA